AUGCGUGCUGUUAUUCAACGUGUUCUUCGAGCUAGUGUUCGAGUCGGUGAUGAUUUAAUUAGUUCAAUCGAUCGUGGUUUAUGUGUAUUAAUUGGUAUUGCUAAUGAUGAUGAACAAACUGAUAUUGAUUAUAUCGUAAAAAAACUACUUGCAAUACGUUUAUGGUCAUCGAUUGAUGGUAGUAAAAAUUGGGUUCGUAAUGUAGUUGAAUCAGAUUAUAGUCUUUUAUGUGUGAGUCAAUUUACUCUACAUGCAACACUAAAAGGAACAAAACCGGAUUUUCAUUUAUCAAUGUCAGGUGAACAAUCGAAAAUACUCUAUGAGAAAUUAUUAAAUCAAUUAAAACAAAGUUAUAAAUCAGACAAGAUUUUUGAUGGACAAUUUGGUGCGAUGAUGAAUGUGAAUAUCGAAAAUGAUGGUCCAGUAACAAUUAUUCUCGAUAGUCGAUCAAAAAAAUCCAAUACAACAACUGCCGAUGAUGAAUAA